CUCUUCGGCAGCCAGACAGGCACGGCUCAGGAUGUGUCGGAGAGGCUGGGCCGCGAGGCUCGGCGCCGGCGGCUCGACUGCCGUGUGCAGGCCCUGGACUCUUACUCAGUGGUGAGGGCGCCCUAGGGCCUCGGCGGGGAGACCGAGCAGGCCUGGGGCACCAGCCCGCACUCCGAGCUCUCGACCGCAGGGCGCCGCAUUUUGUCUGACUGCGGGCCCUUCAUUUAUGGCGGGUUUAGGGGGCGGGAAAACUUGGGAACGGUAGCUUGGCUUAACACGUGGAGGGAAGAGCAGGCAGGGUGGCUGGGGGAACCGGAAAGAGAAAAGGCUGGCCGGCCGCUCGCGGGUGCUCACUGAGACCCUUCUGUCCUACCACCCUGAGUGAAGGAGAGGGGCCCAGGCGGCGGAGAGGGUGCCUGGUCAUUACAGCCCAAGGUCUUACACGUGUGUCCUUUUGUUGAGGUGAAUCUGAUUAAUGAGCCCCUGGUGAUAUUUGUUUGUGCAACUACAGGCCAAGGAGACCCCCCUGACAACAUGAAGAACUUCUGGAAGUUCAUAUUCCGGAAGAAUCUGCCACCGACCUCCCUCUGCCAGAUGGACUUUGCCAUCCUGGGCCUCGGGGACUCCUCGUACGCCAAUGCCACAGGCUUUGCAUGAAGGGCAUGCGAGUCGGCAGGUCACCGAAACGUGGAAACCCUGACUGUGCAACCCAGGGGCUGAGGGAGGGCCCGCCGGAUACCACUGCCCCCAGAGUCAGGUUCAAUUUUGUGGCCAAGAAGCUAUACCGCCGGCUGCUGCAGCUUGGGGGCCGCGCCCUCCUGCCCGUGUGCCUGGGUGAUGACCAGCACGAGCUGGGGCCUGAUGCCGCCGUCGACCCCUGGCUGCGUGAUCUGUGGGACAAGGUGCUGGGGCUGUACCCCGUGCCCCUUGACCUUGGCAUGAUCCCCGCCGGAGUCCCGUUGCCCCCCAAGUUCACCCUGCACUUCCUCCCGGAGGCCCCCAGGAUGUGCUCUGAGGAGCAGCAUGUGACUGGCACAGACCCUCAUGGUCCCCCUUCAGAGCAGCAGCCCUUCCCGGCACCCAUGGUCUCCAACCGGAGAGUCACCGGCCCCUUGCACUUCCAGGACGUUCGGCUGAUCGAGUUCGACAUCACAGGCUCAGGGCUCAGCUUUGCCGCUGGCGACGUGGUGCUGAUCCAGCCAGAGAACUCGGCCAGCCACAGCCAGCAGUUCUGCCAGGUGCUGGGCCUGGACCCGGACCAGAACUUCACCCUACUGCCUCGGGAGCCAGGUGUGUCCUGUCCUGCGCGGCUGCCCCAGCCCUGCUCCGUGAGGCACCUUGUGUCCCACUACCUGGACAUCGCCAGCGUGCCCCGCCGUUCAUUCUUCGAGCUCCUGGCCUGUCUCUCUCCCCAUGAGCUGGAGCGGGAGAAGCUGCUGCACUUUAGUUCCCCCCAAGGUCAGGAGGAGCUGUAUUCCUACUGCAGCCGGCCUCGUAGGACCAUCCUGGAGGUAUUGUGCGACUUCCCGCACACGGCUGGAGCCAUCCCCGCAGACUACCUGUUGGACCUCAUCCCCCCGAUCCGUCCGCGGGCCUUCUCCAUCGCCUCCUCUCUGCUGGCUCACCCCUCGAGGCUGCAGAUUCUCAUGGCUGUGGUGCAGUACCAGACCCGCCUCAAGGAGCCCCGCCGGGGCCUCUGCUCCUCCUGGCUGGCAUCUCUGGAUCCUGGGCAAGGACCUGUCCAGGUGCCGCUGUGGGUGCGGCCUGGGGGCCUGACCUUCCCGGAGACACCGGACACACCUGUAAUCAUGGUGGGCCCUGGCACUGGCGUGGCCCCUUUCCGAGCAGCUGUGCAGGAGCGCGUGGCCCGGGGUCAGAGCGGAAACUUCUUGUUCUUUGGCUGCCGCUGGCGGGACCAGGACUUCUACUGGGAGGCUGAGUGGAUGGAGCUGGAGAGGAGGGGCUGUCUGACCCUCUUCACAGCCUUCUCCCGGGAACAGGAGCGGAAGGUGUACGUGCAGCAUCGGCUCCGAGAGCUCGGGCCGCUGGUGUGGGAGCUGCUGGACCGCCAGGGCGCCUACUUUUACCUGGCAGGCAACGCCAAGUGCAUGCCGGCAGAUGUGUCCGAAGCCCUGACAUCCAUCUUCCAGAAGGAGGGUGGGCUCUCCGGCCCUGAUGCAGCUAACUACCUCGCCAGGCUCCAGCGGACACGGCGUUUCCAGAGUGAGACGUGGGCCUGAGGAGCCAUCCUGCCGGCCUCAGCCACUCUAGCCACUGCCUUCUGGGGGGCCCCCAUCACCUCCCACCCUGUCCCCUGCACAGCCCCGCUCCAGUCCACCUUGGGUCCCCUACUCAGCCCCGACGCCACUGCCCAUUCACCACCCCACCCUGCCCCCAUCCAGGGCUCCAGGCUCCUGCUGUCCUUUCCCACUGGCCCCAACUUGGGUCCUGGUCAGGGUGGUCCCUACACUGUGCCACCCUGCAUAGGGAUGGUGCCCCAGGAAGGAGCAGGCAGCCUGAUGGGCAUCAGGGGCUCCCCAGACAGCAUAGGAACCUGGGGUACGAGGAGCCCCAGUGAGCCUUCUGAGGUGGUGCAGGGUUCCUGGGAGUGCCAAAUGCCACUCCCCCCCUUGCCCUAGGGGACAGCAGGCUCCCAGUCACCCGCUGCCACAGAGCACCCGGUGCUGCCUCGGGGCCUCACGGGGCUCGGGCUCAGGCUGGAAGUCAGUGAGAACCACAGCAGUGGGAGGAGGCCCCUCGCCAGUCACACUUCCCUGCCCCAUCUUGGAAAGCCUCAGUAAUAAAUUGUGGGCUCUGGGUGGCUGAUUCUGA